UUGAGUAGGCAAUGAAAAGUGUGCUGCGAUCGAUCUCACGGAUCCACGGUCGUGUCGGUCGUAUCAGGUCGAAACGAUUGUACAUGGCUACAAGUAAAUCUCCGACUGAUUUCUCCGUUUCUGACAUCGGUCGUCUAUAUGAAAUCCCACGAGAAGCUGUUGACGCCCUGGGAUAUCAAAGAUUGCUCCCCUCAAAUCUAAUAAAACAAGUUGAUACUCUUGGAGAGUUGGUAACAGUUAUUAGGGAACCCAUCCUUGAGGUAUCUUCUUGUAUGUCCGUUAUACGUCCCUCAUUUCCUGCCCUUAGGAUGGUACUAUGGGGUCCAUUUGGUACUGGGAAGUCAGUCACGCUUAACCAAGCUGUGUAUCUUGCGUAUACGCAGGGCAUGGUUAUUGUGCAACAUCCCGGCGCAAUGUCUCUUACGCGCACGGUUGUGGAGGUGGAAAUGUCAACUUUCAAGCAGGGUCGUAUAAAUGAUCCCGUUAACGCAGUUCAGAUCUUACAACGAUUUAAGGAGCAGAAUCAACAUAUGUGGAAAACGCUAAGUAUAUUGAAGACGGAACGAGAUUAUGAAUGGACUAAAAGCGAGAGAACAGCUGUUGAUCGACCUAUCACUGAGAUUGUGGAGAUAGGUAUCUCCGCACCCUUUCUUGCCACUGACUGUGUUGGUGGACUAUUCCGUGAAUUGAAGAGACACUCCUCUGCUGGUUCUAUCAAGGUCUUUGUCGCUGUUGAUGAUGCGAAUUCGUUAUGGGGGAAAACACUGGUUAAGAAGGCGGACAGAACAUUUGCUUCACCUUCUGAACUAACACUCGUGAACCACUUUCGAAACUUGAUCUCCUCGGAUUGGGAAAAUGGAUGUAUAUUGUUGGUGGCUGAUAAAAAAGAAGUUUCGGAUGCGAGAGAUGAAGUUACUGUGCCACGGCAUACGCCUUUAGAAUUAUUUGGUGAAGAAGGCUUCUACUUUAUUGAGCCGUUUCUGCCUAUCGAAGUGAAGCAGUAUAGUAUGGAGGAAAUUAACAACAUCUAUCAGUAUUAUUACGAUAAGAGGUGGCUCGCCAGCGAAAAAGCACGAACAGAAGAUGGCAAGCAGCAGUUGAUACAUCUCAGUGCAUUUAAUCCUCACAAUUUUGAGAGGUUAUGUGCAUUUAACUAGCCUAUGACUUAUCCUGUUCACAGACAGGUUGAAUAGUUUUUGUUAUACAUGCUUGUUUGAAUAAAAAAAAU